AUGGACGGCGCAGGACUUCCGUUCUACGCAGCAGCGGCCGGUGUCCUGAGCCACUGGUUUUAUUUCAUACGUGGAGAGCACCAUGUACAAGGACCACUCCUUUUACGUCUCGCACUUGUCCUCCCCUGCCUUCUCCUUGGCGGCCUAUGGAGUUACGGAGGCCUUGAUGCGAUUUCUGCCGGAACACUCACGUUAAAAUGUGUCUCAUUGUACUAUGCGGCGUUAUGGACGAGUAUACUUGUCUAUCGCAUAUUCUUCCAUCGUCUUCGAAGAUUUCCAGGGCCGUUUAUGUUCAAGACUUCGAAGCUUUGGCAUGUCUAUAAACUUGCGCCAAAUUCAGAUAACUAUAAGCAGCUAGAUGCCCUUCACCGGCAGUAUGGAGAUUUUGUACGGACAGGAAAGUUCACGACAUUCGGUCUAUUGGAAACAGUCACUAACAGAUACGUCUCAGGCCCAUGUGAGGUUUCGAUAUUCGACCCCAAUGCAGUGCCAAUACUUCUUGGACCGGGAACAAAGUGCACGAAAGCCCCCUGGUAUGAUGCCAACUUACCCUACAUCUCAAUGCACACUCUGCGAGACAAGUCUGCACAUGACAAGAGGAGGCGGAUCUGGGAUCGUGGGUUCAAUGCAAAAGCUCUCCGCCAGUACGAAGACCGCAUCUUACGCUACUCGAAAGAGCUACUGAGGCAAAUCAGCAGUCGUUCUGGUCAGACACUAAACGCAUCAAAGUUCUUCCACUUCUACUCCUUCGAUGUGAUGGGAGACAUUGCGUUCGGAAAAUCAUUUGGAAUGCUGGAAACCGGCAAGUCCAACGACGCCCUCAAUCUGCUUGCAGAAGGCAUGAAGCCUUUGGGAGUUUUGACGCCCGCGCCUUGGAUUUUCUGUGUCUUGACUAGCAUUCCUGGUCUGUCGGCUGGCUUUAAGACAUUCGUUGCUUGGUGUGCCGAGCAGAUCCAGCAGAGGAAGAAGAUGGAGAUGGAGGUCCCAGAUGUCAUGUCGUGGAUCAUCGAUGCCGCAGCUCAAGCUUCACCUAACGAACGGGAGAAAGAAGAACAGCUUUUGGAGAGUGAUUCACGCCUCAUCAUCGUGGCCGGAAGUGACACAACCGCCGCAACACUCACGUAUGCUUUCUACCGUCUCGCACAGAACCCCGAGCACGUCACGAAACUCCGCGCCGAGCUUGAUCCACUGCGAGGCAGCGACGGCGAGUACAACUUCAAAGACCUGCAAACCGCCGACUAUCUCAACGGAGUCAUCAAUGAGACUCUGAGACUCCACCCACCAGUGCCGUCGGGCACUCUGCGCGUAACUCCUCCCGAGGGUAUCAUGGUCGGCCAGACCUUCAUCCCUGGAGACGUCACGGUCGUAUCGCCGACGUACACAGUCGGGCGACUCGAGAGCGCAUUUGAGCGUGCGACCGAGUUCGUUCCAGAGCGGUGGUAUUCUGCUCCAGGAAUGAUCAAGAACAAGAACGCCUUUGCGCCGUUUGCUCUUGGUCCCUAUUCCUGCAUUGGAAAGCAGCUUGCGUUGAUGGAAUUGCGGUCGGUUAUCGCGCUUCUGGUUACUGGCUUCAACGUCUACUUCGCCCCGGGCGAGAGUGGAAGCCGACUCAUCAAUGACUCGAAAGACUUUUUCACGAUAACCAUAAGCGACUUGGAUCUCGUUUUCGCGCCUCGAAAGACAACCUAG